AUGGCGUCCCUGAGCCGGUUGUUUACGCUGGCGCUUUGGAUCGGUCUCCUGACGCCCAUCUACAUGUUCCUCGAGAAGAACCUGGAGAAGUUUUACAUCUUCGACCACGAGCACCUGCACGACCUCUCCAAGCGCGCUAUCGCCGCCCACGGCAACGACACUCGCUCCGUCGUCAACUACAUUGUGACCGAGCUUAACGGCAUCGUCCCUAAGCACGUCAACCUUGACGAGGAAUGGGUCUUUAACAACGCCGGCGGUGCCAUGGGCGCCAUGUACAUCAUUCACGCCAGCAUCACCGAGUACCUCAUUGUCUUCGGCACCGCUAUCGGAACCGAGGGCCACUCUGGCCGCCACACUGCCGACGACUACUUUAACAUUCUCUAUGGCACCCAGCUUGCCUACGUUCCAGGCGCCUACGAGCCGGAGGUCUACCCCCAGGGCAGCGUCCACCACCUGCACCGCGGCGACGUCAAGCAGUACAAGAUGGACGAGGGCUGCUUUGCUCUCGAGUACGCCCGCGGCUGGAUCCCGCCCAUGCUCUUCUUUGGCUUCGCCGACGGCCUGUCCAGCACUCUCGACUUCCCCACUCUCUGGAAGACGACGCGCAUCACCGGCCGCGAGAUGAUUGCUAACUUGCUCAAGGGCAAGUUCUAA